AUGCCACUUGUAGGAUCAGGACUAGCUGGUUGCUGCUCUGUACUAUCUUCGAUUGGUGUAGUCUUUCUUCUAGCAAUCGGCAUCGGAUUUCAAAACCAUGCCCAUGUUUUGAUGGGAUCAGUGACAUCGCCAGAGAAUGGCACAAAAGUAGCAAGAGUCUGCUUCAUGUCAGCUAUCGUUUAUGCAGUAAUGUUAAUCUUUUGUGGUUGUCAGUUGGGUGCAAAUCGUAGAGUAGUACGAGGAGGUGGUCUACAGCUUCACUAG